UCUUCCUUUCUUGGCGCGGACCGGGUCGCCGAACACGCAAAUAUUUACGUGAAAAUUUUUAAAAUAAGCCGGUUUAGAGAUUUUAUUUUCGGUCAGGAUGGACGUUAACAAGCUCGUUGAGGUUCUUAGGGCGACGUUAGACCCAAGUCAAAGAGAAGAAGCUGAAAAACAAUUAGAAAUAGUUCAUAAAAUAAUUGGAUUUGCUCCUAUUCUUCUCCAAGUAGUGAUGGAAGAAUCAAUAGACAUGCCAGUCAGACAAGCGGGCGUGAUAUACCUAAAAAACAUGUGCACUCAGUUCUGGAAUGAACGAGAAGCUGAAAACCCUGGCGAUCCAGUGCCAUUUAGUAUACACGAGCAAGAUAGACUGACAAUCAGAAACAACAUUAUUGAGGCUGUUAUACAUGCCCCAGAUCCUGUCAGAGUACAGCUGUGUGUAUGUAUAAGCACGAUAAUCAAGUAUGAUUACCCUGGUCGCUGGCCAAAUUUUCCAGAGAAGGUGGCCUUCUAUAUACAGUCGGACAAUCAUGCUACGUGGAUGGGAGCUUUCAUGUGUCUUUAUCAAAUGGUGAAAGUUUACGAGUACAAGAGAAGUGAAGAGAGGAAGAUCUUGGACACAGCAAUGACACAUAUGCUGCCUCUGUGCUAUCAGCGAUGUGUACAGCUCCUGCCAGACCCUUCAGAGGCAUCCAACCUUCUUCAGAAACAAAUCCUCAAAAUAUACUAUGCUUUUAUACAGAACCAUCUACCACUGGAAACAUUGACGAAGGAAAUCUUUACACAGUGGAUGGAACUGAUUAGACAGAUUGUGGACAGACCUGUUCCUGAGGAUACAAACCAAGUGGAAGAGGAUGACAGGCCAGAGCUUGCUUGGUGGAAGGUGAAAAAGUGGGCUGUACAUAUUCUUGCCAGAACUUUCGAAAGGUAUGGAAGUCCCAAAAAUGUAACAAAAGAUUACGACCAGUUUGCAGAAUGGUAUUUGAAGGCAUUUUCAGGUGGGAUCAUACAAGUGCUGUUUAAAAUAUUGGAGCAGUACCGGCAGAAAACUUACGUUGCACCUCGUGUCUUACAGCAGGCUCUCAACUUCCUUAAUCAGGGAGUAAGUCAUGCAUUUUCCUGGAAGUUCAUGAAGCCGCACAUACAGCCCAUCAUACAGGAGGUGAUAUUCCCGUUGAUGUGUCACAGUGAUGCUGACGAGGAGCUGUGGGAAACAGAUCCACAAGAAUACAUCCGCAUAAAAUAUGAUGUUUUUGAAGAUUUUCUUUCACCUGUGAUUGCUGCCCAGACAUUGUUUUAUUCCUGUGCAUCAAAAAGAAAAGAAGUGUUACAGAAAUCCAUGGGCUUCUGUAUGCAGAUACUCACCCAGGGGACAACCACGCCCAGACAGAAGGAUGGGGCACUUCAUAUGAUAGGAGCAGUAGCCGAAGUCUUGCUUAAGAGAAAGAUCUACAAAGAUCAAGCAGAAAUGAUGCUUACGUCACAUGUAUACCCCGAGUUUGUGAGCCCAAAUGGAUUCUUGAGAGCAAGGGCCUGCUGGGUGAUCCGGGUAUUCAGUGAGAUGAAGUUCAAGCAGGAAGCGCACUUGUACCAAGCCCUGGAAAAUACGAAGAACUGUCUAUGUACAGACAAGGAACUGCCAGUAAAGGUGGAAGCAGCUAUAGCACUACAAAUGCUCAUCACUGAGCAGGAAAAAGCCAAAAUAUACAUGAAACCACAUGUGAAAACUGUGAUAAUAGAACUGCUAAGCUUGAUCCGGGAGACGGAAAACGAUGACUUGACUGGUACAAUGCAGAGACUGGUGUGUACAUACGUAGAGGAGGUGACACCUAUAGCUGUGGAAAUGAUGUCACAUCUUGCCACAACAUUUUCGCAAGUGCUGGAGGCAGACUCCGAUGGUUCCGAGGAGAAGGCUAUUACAGCUCUUGGUAUAUUGAACACGAUGGAGACUAUACUGACUGUCAUGGAAGAGCAGAAAGAGAUCAUGCUGCAGUUGGAGGGGAUCGUGCUCAAUGUGGUCGGAGUCGUACUGCAGAGACAAAUGAUUGAUUUCUAUGAGGAGGUAUUGUCUUUGAUCUACAGUCUGACAAGCUCACAUGUUACAGUACAUAUGUGGCAGGUAUAUCUCAUGCUGUAUGAAAUGUUCCAGAAAGAUGGUAUAGACUACUUUACAGAUAUGAUGCCAGCCUUGCACAACUAUAUCACAGUGGAUUCACAAACAUUCCUAUCCAAUCCUAAACAUCUAGAAAUUAUUUAUAAUAUGUGUAAACAGGUCAUGUCAGCUGAUGUUGGAGAGGAUGCAGAAUGUCACGCUGCAAAGCUACUGGAAGUCGUAUUACUACAGUGUCCAGGACAAGUAGAUCAUAUUAUAAGACCUUUCGUUGAAUUAGUGCUAGAAAGACUAACUAGGGAAGUGUUAACAUCAGAGUUACGGACAAUGUGUUUGCAAGUUGUGAUAGCCGCUCUAUAUUAUAAUACACCAUUACUUAUUGAGACAUUGAAAACAUUGAAAGUGGCAAAUGUGCAAGGUUCAGUCAUGCAGCAGUUUUUAAAACAGUGGAUUCAUGAUGUGGAUUGCUUCUUAGGAUUACAUGACAGGAAAGUCAGUGUUUUAGGAUUGUGUAAUUUAUUAAGUAUGUUGGAAUCAAAUAGACCUUCAGAGGUAACAGAAGUCGGAUCACACAUCCUGCCAGCUGCCCUCAUCUUGUUCAAUGGAUUGAAAAGGGCAUAUGAGACUCGGGCAGAAAAUGAGAACUCAGACAGUGACGAUGAAGAGGAUGAUGAAGAUGGGGAAUAUGAGCAAGAUGCUCUGGCCAGUGAUGAAGAUGAGGUGGACGAAGAGGGACAACAAUACCUUGAAAAACUUGAGAAAUCAGUUAACCAUGAUGGUGACAGUAGUGAUGAUGACUCCCUCGACGACGAUGAGGCAGAGGAGACGGCCCUCGAAAGUUACCAGACACCACUGGACGAGGAUAGCUGUCCUGUAGACGAGUAUAUCAUCUUCAAACAGAUACUUCAGAAUCUCCAGUCUGUAGAUGCCAAUUGGUACGGUAUAAUCACUAGUCAGCUUACAGCAGAACAAAGUAAACAACUGGAAGAUGUCUUCAAAUUGGCUGAUCAGAGAAAGGCUGCUGCAGAAUCCAAGAAGAUAGAGGAGAGCGGAGGCUACAACUUUGCUUCACAGACAGUUCCAACCACCUUCAACUUCGGCCAGAUAGGAUGAGCUUCGCACUAGAUCAUAGAAAUAUUUCCUUUAGUUCUGUAAAAAUCACUUAAGAAUUCAAGAAGUGCGUUGUGUUGAGAGUGUUCAGGUUUCUCAAUAAUAUACACAAGUGCAUUUUUCACCAUGUUUUAUGUAUUAAUGGAAAUAAUAAGUCUUAACCAUCAUUUCAUUAGAAAUUCAUUUCCAUGAAAUAUAUAUAUAUAUAUAUAUAUAUAUAUAUAUAUAUAUAUAUACACACACACAUACUAUAUUUAAAUUAUCAUAUUGGAAGAUAGUUUUUACAAAAAAAGUGCUAUUUUUGUUGUUCCAAAGAAUAAAUUAUCUUAUUUUUCCCCAUGUAAGAUGUGGUUACCAUAUAUAUAUUAUGUUUGUGUACAAGUCGUUGGUGAAUGCGUAAAUCAUAAACUAACGGUGUUUCAGGUUUUGUAAUCAACUAAUUCGUAUAAGGGUGGUGUGCAAUAUCUAUAUGCUUGCGUUUUUCUGAAGUAAGUUAUUGCCGAAUGCAUUUGAACUGCAAGAAGUUUUACUCCCGCCCUUGUACCUGCUUAAUUAUUUUAGUUAGUUUUGAGGUUGGGUUGUGAAUGAAAUGAAAAUUUGUAUAGAACUUACUGCAUCUUCAGUUUUACAAACAUUUUGGAUGCAGGUAGAAGCUGUAGUCUUUAACCUGUAUAUAUGUUGAAAAAAAAAAUGAAACAAAGUUUCAUGAAAUAACAAAAUUAAACAGUUCGUAAUAUAUAGUAAAAAAAAAAAAAGAUAUCUGAUUUUACUUUGAGAUUUCCAUACAGAUUUCUUUAGUUUCCCUUGCAGAAAUCCAUUAUCUUAGGCAGUAUAAUAUUUUUACAAUUUAUGAAAAUAAGCAAAAAACUGUUCUUACGCAGAAAUGUUCUGUUAAGAAUUUAGGUUAUUAAAUAGGUAAUAAUUUGUUGUUGAUUUUAUGUGAUGUAAAGGUAUGCAAGAAAUGGCUUUUGACAUAGCCUUGAUGCAUAAUUACAAAUUUCCUACAUUUACAGUAAUAUUGACGGUGUAUAACAUGUCUUCAUGCAUUCCGCUUACUGUCUGUCUUUCCUUUGAAAAUUAUUGCAUGAUAAGGGAAUUAAAUUCACAAGCUACUUAAUCUGUUAAAUAUUUUCUGUAAAUGUUUUAAGAAAGAAAAACUGCCAUCUGUCGUAAUUAUUCUUCUUUUCAUCUUUUUAAAACUGGAAAGGUGGCACAUACAACUCUCUAAAGGACGAAAGCCGCAGUAGUGUUUUUAGAAAAUAUGUUUUGGGAGAUUGGAGCUGUAUACAAAGUUUAAGGUUAAAAAAACCACAUACUUUAUGAAAGUCUAAGUGCCAGGUAUAUGUUGCUUAUUUACUUACUUCAUUAAUUGUACCAAACAUAAUUUUAUGUUAUUGUUGUUAUACUUUUGUAAAGAUGCAUGGUUCAUUUCUCAUGCACAUUUUAACAGUAUUUGUGAUGGGUAUACACUUUCAAUCACCAGCUUUGCAUUGACUUGUGUUGCCUUUCAAACUUUUUCGUCAAGGAUACAGGAGAGUAGGCUGACCGGGCAGCCAAGGAGAACUUACAGAUCCAGCCCAAGCAGCCCCGGAGAGAGUACAGAUCUAGAUGUAAUAAGAUCCAUUCACGGGCAAGAUAAAUUUUACCUGUAUUAUACAACACGUGACAAAUUUCUGAAUUCUUAUUGUUCAUCACUUGUGAUUCAUUAUAAGAAGUAGUCGAUUUUCUUGAAACAUAUUAGUACUGGUUACACUGGCUUGGCUGCUACGAAAUACUGUAAAUAAAUGGCAUGAAAUUAGUAUCAAGUAUAAAAGUCACUGUUAGAUGACCCAUAUAUUCAUUGGUUCAAAGAAUACACUUGCAAUGUGGCUUGUGGGUCAGUAGUCAAAAUUGUUUGCCCCUAGGUUGAUAGUUUUGAGUGUUGACCAACAAGCCAUUCAGUUAGUGUUCUACAUGACAUCAGAAAUAAAUUUCAAAAAUUUUAUUUCUUCAGACCAGCAAGCCUGUGUUCAUCUAUAGACUGGUCGAUAGUACAGACUAUUGACAGGCAAUUCAUGUGAGGAGUCAUGUAAUAAUUUGUGAUAUUGAACGGAAAAAUAAGAAAACCUACGUCUGAUGUCUUGUAGAAAAACAUAUGCCAUUAAACAAAUUUAUCAUUGAUACAGGAAUAGUGAAACAAAAAUAUUAUUCACUGUUACAUACUGUAUUUCUACAUUGUAGAUUAAAUUAGCAGUGGUUAUUUUAGUGAAUUGUGAGCUUUUGGAAGCUGUGGUGUUUCAUUGGCUUAUAUUAUCUUGCUUCUAAAUGCAGUCCCCCCAUUUUAAUUCACCAAAAAACUUAUUAUCCUUUAGUCACCCAUUGAGUUCUGUUUAUAUUUGUAAAACUUAAUUUUCAAGGCAGAAUAUUCUGAAAUAAGGGAUAGUAGUUGAAUCAGGUAGGGGAAGGUGGGUGCAAAAUGACAUAAAACUGAGUAAUUGGAAAGGACAACAAAUUUUAAUAUCUAGAAUGAUACAGGAUACACAUACAGUGCCAGUUUCAUUUAUAUAUUCUGUGACAAAUUUAUCCGCAGAUUUCAGUUGAAUUACUUAGAUAUAUCAAUGUUUUAUCACCGUCCAAAGGAACUUACUAGAACAAGAUAUAUAAAAACCUCUCGAGUUUUUUAAAAUGUCUGUAGUAAUUUUAAAAUAAUUUUCAAAAUUAGAUUUCAAUAUUGGUGUUUUCCAUUGCGAAGUCCAGAUAUUUAGAUAGCGAAUAUUUUGAUAUUGGAAAUCCUGUAAAAGAUUAAGUACAUUAGUAACUCUUUGGAAAAUUCUGCCAGACUGUAUGAAAAUACCUGCAUGUAAUAUUCAAGUUUAAGACAUUGUUUUGCCCUUGAAAAUUAAUGACAGUUGACUUUGCAUGAAUGAUGUUUGAUUGAAUUUAAAUGGAUAAUUAAUGAAUUCACUUAUUCUGAAUCUGUUACUCAAAAAAAUGCUGUGAUUAUUGAACUGUAAUUUACAUUUGUAUUUUAUUUGUAUCCGUUGAUAAAAGAUCGGUUUUGAUGUUUAGACUUAAAACAUUAAUUAUUCAUUUGAAAAUACUUGUAGAUGUUUGUUAUAAGAACUUAUUUGCAAAUAUAAAUGCUAUUUUA